CGUCCUUAGACCGCGACUCCGGAGUGGGGCCGUAAGGUCAUGCGGUUUGGCGGUCUUGCGUGUCUCCCAGUUAUUGUGCAAGGGUCCUUCAACCUCCAGCGCCUCAGCUUUGCCAGGAUUUGGGGUGGUCGUAGUGGUCCGAUGGCGGAAACACUUUCGACCGAGGCCGACGGAGCAAGAGGGCUGAAGGCUCCGGCUCAGCAAAAUGGAGACGCGGGUGGCGACUCAAGGGGUGAGCGGCCCCUAGGGCGCCCGGAACCUGCUGGCCCCGGAGUGGAGUGGUUCGGCGAGGACGAGAAGCAGGCCGCAGGGAGCGGGGAGCAGGCCCCGGCUGCGACCCCCGGCCCAGACAAGCGGAAGAAGCGUCGGGGCGCAACCAGGGAGCGCGUCGUACCGCCCCCGAAGAAGCGGCGGGGUAGGGUGAGCUUCGGCGAUGAGCACUUUGCAGAAACCAGCUACUAUUUCGAGGGUGGCCUGCGCAAAGUGAGGCCCUAUUAUUUUGACUUCCAAACCUACUGCAAAGGCCGUUGGGUGGGCCACAGCUUGAUGCAUGUCUUCAGCACCGAGUUCCGAGCCCAGCCCCUGGCCUACUACGAGGCCGCGGUCCGGGCAAGGCGCCUGCACCUCAACGAGGAGCCAGUACAGGACCUCAACAUUGUGCUCAAGGACAAUGACUUCUUGAAGAACACAGUACACAGGCAUGAACCACCAGUCACAGCUGAGCCUAUCCGCCUGCUAGCUGAGAACGAAGACAUGGUAGUUGUAGAUAAGCCUUCUUCCAUUCCUGUCCACCCUUGUGGCCGCUUCCGACACAACACAGUUAUCUUCAUCCUGGGCAAGGAGCACCAACUUAAGGAACUCCACCCAUUGCAUCGGCUUGACCGCCUUACCUCUGGGGUCCUUAUGUUUGCCAAGACAGCAGCUGUUUCUGAGAGAAUUCAUGAGCAGGUUCGGGACCGCCAGCUGGGAAAGGAGUAUGUGUGCCGGGUAGAGGGAGAGUUCCCUGCUGAGGAAGUGACCUGCAAGGAGCCCAUCCUGGUAGUGUCUUACAAGGUGGGGGUGUGCCGGGUAGAUACUCGGGGCAAGCCGUGUGAGACAGUGUUCCAGAGACUGAGCUACAAUGGCCAUUCCAGUGUGGUCCGGUGCCGACCACUUACAGGCCGCACCCACCAGAUCCGAGUCCAUCUCCAGUUCCUGGGCCACCCCAUCCUCAAUGACCCCAUCUACAACUCAGUUGCCUGGGGCCCCUCCAGAGGUCGGGGCGGACACAUUCCUAAAACUGAUGAGGAGCUGCUGCGGGACCUCGUGGCAGAGCACCAGGCCAAGCAGAACUUGGAUGUGCUAGAUCUUUGUGAGGGUGACCUGUCCCCAGCACUCACAGACUCUACAGUUCCCUCUUCAAAGCUGGGUAAGGACCACUUGGAAGAGUUGGCUGCAUCUACACAGAAGAUGGAUGGAGCAGAUGAAGCAUCCCUUCAGGAUUUGGACACAAUGGCCUUGGCACCAGGGAAUGCGGCAGAAACAGAUGUUGUGAAUCAAGAAAUAGACCCUCUCUGUGCAGAGUGCCGGCUGGUACGACAGGACCCGUUGCCCCAGGACCUCAUGAUGUUUUUGCAUGCCCUAUGCUAUAAAGGGCCAGGCUUUGAGUACUUUUCUCCUAUGCCUGCCUGGGCACACGAUGACUGGCAAGAGGACUGAGGACUAUGGCCAGUAGAGGGAUUCCUUGUUGGACUGAAAGAGGGAUUGGCCAGGGGGUAGGAGCUGACCUCAUAGGCUGGUAUUCAGGGUUUCUACAGGAGCAAGCUUAGGCUCUUUGAGGACCUGCUAAUACUUGCUGUACCCCUCCUGCCUCUCCCUCCAGCUAGAGUUUAGGGACUUUUUAAUUUGUAAAUGUAUCCCUUUUUCUGACACCUAUGUGUCUUGUUUUCUUACUGCUUCUUACUUUUUGUUAAUUGAGGUAAAAUUCACAUAAUGUGCAUUAACCAUUUUAAGAUAAACAAUCUAGUGGCAUUUAGUACAUUUGCAAUGUUGUGCAACUAUCACCUCUUACCCAGUACCAAAACAUUUUUGUCACCCAAAAGGGAAACCCAUACCCAUAAAAUAGUCACUCCCCAUUUCUCUUCCUUCUAGCCCCUGGUAACCAUUAAUCUACUUUCUCUCUCUAUGGAUUUACCUGUUCUGGAGUUUUCAUAUAAAUGGAGUCAUACAAUGUGU